AAUAAAAUUAAUAAUUUUUAGUGCUUAUGAAGAACACCAUCAGGUGACACUGGCUCCAGCUUCUUCUUUUUUUUCUUUUAUCUUUUUAACUGAGAAGGCAGUUAGUGACAGGUACUUUGACUAACAAUGCAGUUUGGUGCCCCUGCCUUAAUUGCGUUAAGCCACCAGCAUUUUUUUUUUUUUUUUUUUUUUGAGACGGAGUUUCGCUCUUGUUGCCCAGGCUGGAGUGCAAUGGCGCGAUCUCGGCUCACUGCAACCUCUGCCUCCUGGGUUCAGGCAAUUCUCCUGCCUCAGCCUCCCGAGUAGCUGGGAUUACAGGCACGCGCCACCAUGCCCAGCUAAUUUUUUGUAUUUUUAGUAGAGACGGGGUUUCACCUUGUUGACCAGGAUGGCCGGGCGCUGUGGCUCACGCCUGUAAUCCCAGCACUUUAGGAGGCCGAGGCGGGUGGAUCACGAGGCCAAGCCAAGCAUUUUUAACCACCAUUGUCUGCAAAACGUCAUCACAGUGAACAAGUCAAAUAAGUACGUCUUAGUUUUGUCAUAAAAGGUUUUUUUUGACCUUGCAGAUCCCCCUAAAGGGUCUCAGAAACUCUCAAGGGGUUCCGGGACCACACUACAGUUUUAAGAACCACUGGUGUUAGCGGAUUCGGAAAUCAAUUCAGUUUUUUUUGUCUUCAGAGUUCUUGAUGCUCCAGGCUUAUUUAUUGUUAUAGGUUUGAUCCCUGAAGCGCCAAAGAAGAGAUAUGCCAAGGCGUGGAACAUAUUCAAGAAGGAAGUCCUACCGCGCAUACAGCUCAAGCUCAGGCGCGAAGAGAAAUAGCUCUUGGAGAAAGAAACUGGAUUCAGAGGGCAGGCCUGGGCUUGUCGUUGCCAGUGGCAACGAUCCUCAGCGGGCGGGGCGCGACUAUCGAUUAGUGAGGCCUUGGGUCCGUCGGCGGCCAAGAGGGUUGGGGUGACUGGAGCCGGAAGGCCUUCCGGCCUUCUGGUACUCCUGGGUUUUCGGUUGCGAGGCAGCUCGCUCGUUCUGCGAUCUAUUGAGAGUGGCUUCCCAGAGCCCGGCGCCGAUGUCGGGGAGGGAGGGAAGAUGGCAGCAGUGGCGGCAAGCGGCCUGGUGGGGAAGGGGCGCGACAUUAGCCUAGCGGCCCUGCAGCGCCAUGAUCCCUAUAUCAACCGCAUCGUGGACGUGGCCAGCCAGGUGGCUCUGUACACUUUCGGCCAUCGGGCCAACGAGUGGGAGAAGACUGAUGUGGAAGGAACCUUAUUUGUUUAUACAAGGUCUGCUUCUCCAAAGCAUGGAUUCACCAUUAUGAAUAGGCUGAGCAUGGAAAAUAGGACAGAACCUAUUACUAAAGACUUGGAUUUCCAACUCCAGGACCCUUUCCUUCUCUACAGAAAUGCCAGAUUGUCCAUCUAUGGAAUUUGGUUUUAUGAUAAAGAAGAAUGCCAAAGAAUUGCAGAGCUUAUGAAAAACCUAACUCAGUAUGAACAGUUGAAAGCCCAUCAGGGAACUGGAGCGGGAAUCUCCCCAAUGAUCCUCAAUUCAGGAGAGGGCAAAGAAGUAGAUAUCUUACAAAUGCUCAUCAAGGCCAAAGAUGAAUACACAAAGUGUAAAACCUGUUCUGAGCCAAAAAAGAUAACCAGUUCAUCUGCCAUCUAUGACAACCCUAAUCUCAUCAAACCAAUUCCAGUGAAACCCAGUGAAAACCAGCAACAGCAUAUACCUCAGCCCAGCCAGACCUUAGACCCCGAACCCCAGCACUUGUCCUUGACAGCUCUGUUUGGGAAGCAGGACAAGGUUACAUGUCAGGAGACUGUAGAGCCUCCACAGACCCUCCACUACCACCACCAGCAGCAGCAACAGCAGCAGCAAGAGAAGCUGCCAAUUAGGCAGGGGGCUGUAUGCUCCCUGUCCUAUGAGGAACCCAAAAGACACUCGCCCCCCAUUGAGAAGCAGCUCUGUCCGGCCAUUCAGAAACUCAUGGUCAGGAACACAGACCUCCACCCAUUGUCAGAGCUGCCUGAAAACCGGCCCUGUGAAAAUGGCAGUUCCCAUUCUGCAGGAGAAGUUUUUACAGGACCUGUCCAGCCAGGGUCUCUUUACAACGUUGGGACAUCUUGUGGUGUACACAAUGCUUCCAGAACUCAGAACCUGUUAGAGAAACUUCACAGUACCCCACUGGGGGCCGCAAACAAGUGUGACCCGAGUACACUAACACCUUCCAGCUCAGCUGCCCUGAACCGCAGCAGAGCUCCCACUUCUGUCACGCCUGUGGCUCCAGGAAAGGGUCCGGCUCAGCUACCACAGGCCUAUUUCAAUGGCUGCCUUCCACCUGAGACAGUAGGACAUCAGGCUCAUGGGAGAGAACAGUCCACACUCGCAAGACAAACACUCCCCCUCUCUGGUAAUCAGAGUGGCAGUUCUGGAGUGAUCUCCCCACAAGAGUUACUGAAGAAGCUUCAGAUCGUGCAGCAGGAGCAGCAGCUGCAUGCCUCUAACCGGCCAGCCUUGGCCGCCAGGUUCCCUGUGCUCACUCAGAGCUCUAGAACAGGGAAACGCUUGGAAUCCUGGAUCAGCAAGACAUCCAGCACAGAACAGCAGACUCCUCUUUUUCAGGUCAUCUCACCUCAGCGCAUCCCUGCUACAGCAGCUCCUUCUCUGCUCAUGUCCCCCAUGGUGUUCACACAAUCCACCUCCGUCCCACCAAAAGAAAGGGAGAGCGGCCUCUUGCCUGUGGGAGGCCAGGAGCUGCCUGCUGCCACCACCAGCCUCCUCCUGCCCAUGCAGAGCCCAGAGCCCUCCGUAAUCACCAGCAGCCCACUCACCAAGCUCCAGCUCCAGGAAACACUGCUGUACCUCAUUCAGUACAGAGUGGACCUCCAGCAAACUCCAGCAGACCUGCAGCAAAGGGGCCUGUUAGAAGGAAAACUAACAAACAGAAAGGAAUAGCAUCAACAUCAACGAAAAGGAUGUCCACACAAAACCCCCAUCCGAAGGUCACCAGCAUCAAAGACCAAAGUGAGAUAAAUCCAUGAAGAUGAGGAAAAACCAGUGCAAAAAGAUUAAAAAUUCCAAAAACCAGAAGGCCUCUUCUCCAAAGGAUCACAACUCCUCGCCAGCAAGGAAGAAAACUGGAUGGAGAAUGAAUUUGAUGAAUUAACAGAAGUAGACUUCAGAAGAUGGGUAGCAAACUCCUCUGAGCCAAAGGAGCAUGUUCUAAUCAAAUGCAAGGAAGCGAAGAACCUUGAAAAGAGGUUGGAGGAAUUGCUAACUAGAAUAACCAACUGAGAGAAGAACAUAAAUCACCUGAUGGAGCUGAAAAACACAGCACGAGAACUUCAUGAAGGAUACACAAGUAUCAAUAGCUGAAUUGAUCAAGUGGAAGAAAGGGUAUCAGAGAUUGAAGAUCAACUUAAUGAAGUAAAGCAUGAAGACAAGAGAAAAAUGAGUGAAAAGGAAUGAACAAAGCCUCCAGGAAAUACGGGACUAUGUGAAAAGACCAAACCUACGUUUGAUUGGUGCACCUGAAAGUGAUGUGGAGAAUGGAACCAAGUUGGAAAACACUCUUGAGGCUAUUAUCCCAGAGAACUUCCCCAACCUAGCAAGACAGGUCAACAUUCAAAUUCAGGGAAUACAGAGAACACCACAAAGAUAUUCCUCAAGAAGAGCAACCCCAAGACACAUAAUCGUCAGAUUCACCAGGGUUGAAAUGAAGGAAAAAAUGCUAAGGGCAGCCAGAGAGAAAGGUCGGGUUACCCACAAAGGGAGCCCAUCAGACUAACAGUGGAUCUCUCUACAGAAACCCUACAAGCCAGAAGAGAGUGGGGGCCCAUAUGCAAGAUUCUUAAAGAAAAGAAUUUUCAACCUAGACUUUCACAUACAGCCAAACUAAGCUUCGUAAGCGAAGGAGAAAUAAAAUCUUUUACAGACAAGCAAAUGGUGAGAGAUUCUGUCACCACCAGGCCUGCCUUUCAAGUGGUUUCUUGUUUUGUUUUGCUUUUAGAAAUCAUGUCCUUCAGUACACCUGGUACUAAGAAUAGAGUGAGUAGGAAAAUUCUUUGCCCAGCUCACUCAGUAAAUGCCAGGCUUAAAUUAUGUUUUCUUACAUGUAUGGAGCCACUUGGGAAGAAUCAGUGUCUCUGUGGGAAGGCCUGUUCUUGGAGCUUAGUUCUUUGUUAAUAGGGUCUGGUGGUUCUUUGAGCAGAGUGUAAUUUCCACUGGGGAGCUCCAUGUGCACAGUGCAUGCCGACCACCAGGUGGCAGUGUCGUCCCACAAGUUAUCCUACAAAGGCUUUAAUGAGCCUUUGGAAAUAAUGAUGGUUUUCUUUUACCAGACAAAGUAAACCUUUCAUUUGUAAAAACCCAGUUGGCAUGUUUUACCCAAUCCUUUGAAGGGAAGUUAUUUCUAAAUGUAUUUAUAGCUAGUUUCUAGAGGAUAGAUGUUCUAAGAGUUGACAAAUGGCCCAGAUUUCCAGCAACACUUCAUCCCAGCCCAUGAUAUUUCUUUUGGACCCAAGCAGCAGGAUGUGCCCGCCUCAGCUUCCGAAUGCAUAGUAUAUCAUCCUCAGCAGAACACGCUGAGAGCCAGGGCACAGGAGACUGACUGUGAUGUUCGGGGCUUGUGAUAAGGACUCGGCAAGCCGUGGAGCAGAUCGAGUUUUAUGUUCACAGAGAUGAGGAGCUUAAUCUUGGAAGGAGUCAGAAGAGCCCCUGCCAAGUUGUUAAGAGUAUGUAUGGGACUCAGUCCCUGCUAAGUAUUCAUAAUAAAGACAGCUUUGUGUUCCUAUAA